AUGUGCUCGGAUUCGGCCUCCGGGCGUCCGCGGGCCAACGGGAAGCCCAACAUAUGCAGCCAGCUGAGCAGGAGGGCCCAGGGCUUUUUCUCUAACGAUGCAGGGAUGGUCCAAAGGACAAACUUGGGGAUCCUGAGGAAGCUGGUGUGCCAGAAAAGCACUAAAUUCAAGAAUGUUUGGACAACUCAUUCUAAAUCACCAAUUGCCUAUGAAAGAGGAAGAAUAUAUUUUGACAAUUACCGGUGCUGUGUCAGCAGUGUUGCAGCAGAGCCAAGAAAGCGUUAUGAGAUGCCAAAGUGUUCUAAAUCAGAAAAAAUAGAGGACGCUUUAUUGUGGGAAUGCCCUGUGGGGGACAUACUGCCCAAUCCAUCAGAUUACAGAUCAUCCCUCAUAGCUCUCACUGCUCAUAACUGGCUACUUCGUAUAUCUGCAAAUAAUGGAGAAGUACUGGAGAAAGUUUAUCUUGCUUCUUAUUGCAAAUUCAGAUAUUUGAACUGGGACACUCCUCAAGAGGUCAUUGUUGUCAAAUCUGCUCAGAGCAAAGCCACAGCUCUUGCCCGCCAGGCAGGCAUUCAACCGUCUGUGCUGUUGUACUUUGCUGUAUUUCGAGUCAUACCUCUCUCACUUAUAGGAAUGCUGGAGAUCAAUAAGAAAAUUUUUGGAAAUGGUGUCACAGAUGCCACGAUUUCUCAUGGAAUGUUGAUUGUGAUGCAUAACUCAGGACUGAUCAGACUCUAUAGCUUCCAGGCCAUCACUGAACAGUUCAUGCAACAGAAACUUGACCUGGGGCGCACAUGCAGAUGGGGUGGGACAUCUGGGAUAGUCGGAGAGUCACCUUUUGGCAUUCCUUGUAAUAUUAAAAUCACAGAUACCCCUCCACUCCUCUUUGAAGUAUCUUCCCUGGAGAACACAUUUCAGAUUGGAGGCUAUCCUUGGCACUAUAUCAUCACCCCUAACAAGAAGAAACAAAAAGGCGUCUUCCAUAUUUGCGCACUGAAAGAUCAUUCCUUGGCAAAAAAUGGGAUCCAAGAAAUGAACUGUUGUUCGCUAGAAUCUGACUGGAUAUAUUUCCAUCCUGAUGCCUCUGGGAGAAUAAUUCAUGUGGGUCCAAAUCAGGUCAAAAUCUUGAAGCUAAAAGAAAUAGAAAAUAACAAGGCUCAACAUCAAGUUGCUGAGGAUUUUGUCAUUGUAGCUGACAGAGAAGAAAAAAACAAAGGCUUAUUAACUGUAACAGCCUCUGGACGAGUGGUGAAGAGACGUUUUAAUCUGUUGGAUGAUGACCCAGAACAAGAGACUUUCAAAAUUGUGGACUAUGAAGAUGAGUUGGAUUUGCUCUCGGUGGUGGCAGUCACUCAACUGGACACUGAAGGGAAAGCUCACCUGGAUUUCCACUGUAAUGAACAUGGGACAUUACUCAAGAGCAUUCCAUUAGUGGAGUCGUGGGACGUGACAUACAGCCAUGAAGUUUACUUCGACAGAGACUUAGUUUUGCACAUAGAACAGAAACCUAACAGAAUCUUCAGUUGCUAUGUUUACCAGAUGGUAUGUGAUGCUGUGGAAGAGGAUGAAAAAUGAGCAGUUGUUAAAAAAAAAUUUUUUUAAGAACAAGAAGAUUAAAAUAAUAAUGGUAAUGAUGGGGUAAGGAAUGGAGAACAACUUUACUCUUCGAGUUGAAGCUCCUGAGACUUUUGACAAGCAUGGAGCCUUGGUUAAGCCCAAAUUUGAGCUUAAAGUUCUAGCUGACUUUCUUGCAAUAUGAGCCCAGUUUUUUCCUUUCCUUGGUGGCAACUAGAGGAAAGAAUAUCUUUAGCAGGAAGCAAUGUUGUACCUUUCCAUGUUCUCAUACAUGCCACUUACCCCCCCCCCCCAGCAUCUCUUAUACCACCACAUUGCCCCAGUAUAACUCAAAAGAGGCAACCCAACAGUCAGAUGCAAGCUGGGUUUUUGCCAUCCACAGAUUUAGAGGCAAAGGCCUUGAAGAGAUCCAUUCACAUGGAAACUAUGUCUCCCAACUUCCCUUCCUCUCUCACCCACCUGCCUCACUCAUCCCUUCCUCCUACCCCCUCCAAUCCCCCACAACCCAAGAAUAAAUUAGAAAUGAUUGAGCAUACCUCUUCUAGCCUCUGUGCCCUGAGAUAGAGGAGAUGGAUAGCUACGGAUAAAGACUUAUUUUUGAGCCAAAAAUGCCUGUUUGUCAGGAAUUUUUAAAAAAGUUUUACAUUUGUCUUAUAGGAGCUAUAUUUGUAUAAAUUAUCCAGAUUAGGUGCUAGUUCCCAGAUAUAUACUCUUUGUAUUUUUUUUAUUUCUCACAGGGUGCUAAUUAUUUGUAUCAUAGGCUGCUCCAACAAGUUUUGUUAUGAAUCUGGAUUUGGAGAAAUAGGGUCUCUUUUUUUUCUAAUCAUAUAAUCAAGUUAAAUCUUGAUAAAUACAUUGUAAAAUGUUGCUGUCACAGAUGGAACAUUUGGACCUUGGCCAUCUCCACAUUUGGUGGGUCAUCUUCAGCCCCCAUUUUGUCAGAAUUCUUUUGUAAACAACUGCUUCACACUAAUGCAGUUGAUUGGAUAUGCCCUUCAUACCAGCAGCUCUUUUUACUUCAGAUGUCAUAUAUAAAAGUCCAGGAAAUAUCACAAAUGAUCUGGGUAAGUUCCUGAAUAGUUGGAGAGAAUGAGCCUUCUGCCAGGUUUCUCUAGAUUAAGAUAGUGGAGCAUUCAUCCUUCUCUGCGUCAUAACAGAUCUGAGUCAGGUCUUGGCCAUCACUGAAUCACAUCUCCUUUGUUCAGGAUGUAAAAUAAAAGGUAUUCUAAGUAAUGGGAGGAAUUUUGUAUGAUUCUUGUUUCAGAGAUCCAAUUGCUUGUUUAUCUACAUGUUCCACAUAUUUCCCUAGUUCAGCUUCAAAGACUGGUAUUGGAAAACACAGAAGGGAAGGAAGUAGCCAGGAGAAUCAUAAACAUACUCAAGUGCAGGAGAAUUUCAAUAUGAGAGUUCAGCUUUGGUCAUUUAAAUAAAUACCUUUAACAUUCUUCUUGUCCAGAUUUAGCCUACUCCCAUGGACGAAGGAUAUCCAUCUUGCCUUUAAAUUCCACCUUUAGAAAUUUGAAAAUAAAAACCAAACCUACAAGCAUUUCCAGGGCUAAGGAAAGACAGGUGUCAAACCCCAGCUUAAUGGGGUAGGUAAUAGAAUUUGGAGGUUAAAUAAAAAGCUAACUCCCAUUGUAAAAAAAAUUGUCCUUUAUUAAAUAGAAAAGGAAAUAAUUUUCUAACCUGUUUUGAAAUUAGGAACAAGAAGAAUAGAGUGAAAAAAAUCUUUGUGGCUCUAUAUACUAUUGUAGUAAUAUAUAACUCUGAAAUAGCAUGAAUGAUUGUCUCCUGUGUAAAUCUUACUCAAUGAGAUUAUAAAAACUAAUAUAUAUUGUUGAAUUAUAAUAUUCUCCUGUAUCUACUAAUUGAAGGAACCAUUCUUCACACAGUGUGAUAUAUAAUAGUAUUUAAUAUGUAGCUUCUGAGGAACUCAGAGUACUUUAUAGACAUACAUUUGUUGGUAGCAAUAGGUCAAGAUUAUGAUUAUUAUGAAGCAGUGAUGCAUUUACUGUCUGCUGGUGCUAUCCCAAAUAUAAUUAAAUGAAAACUAUAUCGAAGCACAGAUCAGCCAAAUGAAUUUACAGACUGAAAGUACAAGAGGGAACAGGAAGAGAAUAUCUCCAUGAGAAAGGCAAGCAUGAGAUGCCAGGGGAAAAGAGAAUAGGGUUUUGAUUACCUCAAAUCAUAUUUAAGAACAGAACUCUAUGAUCAUAAUCCUUUUCUCAAAAGUGUUUCAGGGAAGCAUAGCUUUACAUCACAGAUGGAUCUAGCUAGGCUUCAAAGUCUUUGCUGAAUUCAAAGAUAACAAGCAUUUAUUAAGCACCUACUAUGUGUCAGACUCUGUGGUAAGUGCUAGGGAUACAAAGAAAGAAAACCCCCCUCCAAAUAAAACAGUGCCUGCUUUCAAGAACCUCAUAGUCAAAUCUUUCCCUCAAUGAAAUUUAAUUGUUUAUUUUGCAAAAAGUGUUUUUGUAAGAUUUUAUGUUGACUUUUUGUUUUGAAAAAGGUUGUCAUUAACCUAAAGAAUUAUUAAUCUAAAGUAGAAUUACUGGGCUGAAAAAAAAAUAGACUAUAAUAAGUCACUUAAUAACCAUUCCCUCACCUUUCUGAGAUCUUUCUGAGAUUUUCUUGACUUCUUGACAUCCAGGUGUAAUAACUAACCAAAAGUGAUUUCUUCUUUAUAUCUAAGCCAAGUGCUUUAUACAACAGCCCAAACCUAUUUCCUCUGGCUCUGUCCUGAAAUUAUAACUCUCAAGCUGACUUAGAGUAAGCAAUACUAAUAUAAAUCGAUACUUUGUCUGGAGUGAAAAAUAGUGCUGGCUCUGAAAAUAGAAAACCUCAGUUCAAAUCCAACCUGUGACAGUAGCACUACGAGUGUGACUUUGGGCAAGUUAUCUAACUUCCCUGGUCUUUGGUUUCCCUUUCUGUAAAAUGAGUGCUGCCCUAAAUGCCUUAGAAGUUUCUUCUAGCUCUAAAUCUAUGAUACUGUGACACAUACAUAUAUAUAUCUGCACAUGUGUGUGUGCAUGUAUGUAUGUAUGUAUAGCUCUAUGCAUAGUCAAAACCAAAUUGAACCACAUUUUAAUGAAUAUUAUCAUAAUCUGAUAUGGAUACAACAAAUUCUGUUCACUGAAGAAUCCCAUGGGCAGAGUCCCAAUCCAUUUAAUGAAAAUGUUGUCUUUGGUAUUGUAUUUAUAUGAUAAUUGUAUUUUGAAGACCUAAAGGGUGUUAUAUGGUUUUAAUAAAAUUUUAUAUAUUUUUUAAAA